UGAAAUUCCACUUUGUCUGUGGUAUAGACAAAAAAUGACUGUUAUGGAGAUUGAUUCAAAACACAGUUCCUUAUUUAACUUGAAAGAAAACAUAAGGACAGAAUUUGGAAUUCCAGCUAAAUUACAGUUACUGAUGUACAAGGGAAAGGAUAUGCAAAGGACUAGUUCAAUCAACUUUCAGCCAUACGAUAACAUUUUUGUCUCAAUCAAGGGUAGAGGUUGAAUGCAAGAACCCUUGACUGGUGUGACUACAGAUAGCUCAGAAAGAGAUGUUGAGCAGUGGUUAAAGAAAGAAGUUGGUAUAAAUGAUGUGGUGUUGGAAAAGUUUAGUAUUCUUACUGAUUUGGAUGGGCAAACAUUAUUUUCUUAUGAUAUAAGCGACAUAGAAUCCUUUAUAUUAGAUACAGAACUACCAGUUGGACUUGCAAGAAAAAUCUUAGGUUUUAGGGAUAAAAUCAAUGAAGGAAUUUCAAAUCCAUUGAUGAAUCAUACAGCAGAGGAAAUUUCAGGAUUCAUUAAGAUAAUUCUGACAGUGAAUGAUCAAAUUAUCAGUCAUUUCUCUCAGUGUAUUGUCGACAGACACAUCGAUGGGUAUGUGUUUUUCAGUUACAUUGAUGAAAAACAGUUUCAAUACGACUUCAGAGAUUUAAAUAUAAAAGGAAUGUACUUCAAAAAAAUUAUUUUAAAACGCAAUGAAGAAUUUAGUAUUCAACAUGGUCCGCAUAAAGCAACUCAGUUGAAAACUACUUGUUCAGAAGAGUUGACAGAAGAAAAUUUACCAUCAAAGCCAGUUCAGGAAGAAAACUGUAAUGCUGAACAAGUUAGUGAAGCAAUGAAUUACCCGGUUCCAGAUGCUUUCUCCAAUAAUUAUGAAUGUACUCUUUGCCGUUUACUUCGAUUAAACAAAGUGCAGGAAAGCAGUUGCAAGCCGUGCAAAUUACGUAUCCUCCAUGGAGGAUGGACAAAUGUGAAUGAACUCGAAAGAAAUUUUGUGUUCUUUUUAUUAAGUUGUGAAGAUUAAUUCACAGAAAAGCAACAACAAAAUGGUCUUUGGAAACAAAUUGGCAAGAAUAUGGACCAAUGGCUAAAUCUACUUCCACCAAGCAAAAGGGAUAUGUUUACAGAGAGUAGACAAUCAGGCGUGUACAGUUAUAGCAAGAAGAAAAAUGUACAACUCCCAACGCAAUGUAAACUUGCAUUUGUUAUGGAUAAGGAACUUUCUGCUAUAUUAAAAUUUGAGACCGCCAUUCUUUUGGUUAGUAGAAGUCUUUUACAAAAGCAGCGUCGAGGAUUCAUGACACCUUUAUCAAGACAUCCCAAAAAACCCAAAAAGUUUUCCUUUUUCCUUUCAUUCUUCAGAAGAAUACUAUAUUUUCAAUCCAGAAGACUAUUCAGAUGGGUUUAUUAAAGAAACUGUACCAACAACAUGCAGUGAACAACGGUCUUCAGUUAGCAAUAGUAAAUUAGUUCAUCUAAGCAGUGAGGAAUUCCCAGUAAAUAUUGGUAAUACUGUUGAAAAAGUACCGGAAACCAGAAUGCCAGAUGAUAGAAUGAAGGAUUUUGAUCAUUCAGGUCAUAGAAUUGUUGAAAGUAACCCUAAUUUAUACCAAAGGGAAAAUGAGAACCCUAUUUUGUAUCAAAGGAAAAAUGAGGACCCAAUUUUGAAUCAAAGGAGAAAUGAGGAAAAUCAACAAUCUUCACCAAAAGCUGUUGCGAAAAAGCAUGUAAAGAAAUCAGUAGGAACAGGACAGGAAGUUUGUAUUCAGUUUCCAAGAGAUUUCGAGCAAGAUUCUGAAUAUGUAGUGUAUCAUGCAGGAAAAUUUUUCAACCAACCAGAGAAUGAUGGAACGUUAUCAACAACGUGUAUAGAAUUUAAAUCGUUUUUUUCUUGUGUAAAUAAAACAAAGGAAGCAAGACUCAUUAAAUUCCAAAUGGAAGUCUUAAGAUUUGCUUGUGGUUGUCUCAAUGCACGAAAAAAACCGGAACCAUCUAUUUUGGAGUAGCAGAUUCUGUUCCGAACAUUGAAGGUGAAGAGUACAAACAUGGUGAAAUUGUUGGUUUUGAAAUUAGUGAGAUUGGAUGUGAUACUAGAUCAAAAUAUACAGAUGCACUGCUAGAUGGAAUAUCAAGAUGCUUUAUGAGCGAGAACGUGGCUAUUGUUAAAAAAUGUGUAUCCAACCCAAAAUUUGUAAAAGUAGUAAUAAUCGGCGAAAAGAUUUGUCGUUAUGUAAUGGAAGUAGAUGUAAAACCAUCAUCCUAUAAAUGCAGAUAAUACUAUUUUAAAGUAAAUUUGAAGAACAUCAACAAUUUAUCCAGCAAAUCAAUAGAAAAUAAGCAUUUGCUUUAUUUGCGAAGUGGGUCAUCAACAGAGCGUCUUAUAAAUGAUCGAGAACAACUUUUUAUCACAGCAGAAUUACUUAAGAAUGUGAAAGAGAGAACAUUAUUUGAAAACCAACCAAAAAUGAAAAAAGUGAAAAUUUGCCACAAAAUUGGAGCGACUUCUCACAAGAGGAAUGUUUAGCUUUGAUAAGCGAUUAUGGCCUAUCCUUGUGCUAGCAAAACCCAUGGACGAACAUAAAAUGAAUGAUCAAUGGACAGAAAGUAUCUCUUUUAUAAAACGAAUUCAAUUCACUGCUGUAUUUGAUUUUAAUGAGAUGUCUAAUAAAAAUGGCCUUUGUAACAUGUACCGAAAUCCCGAAAGACCUACUCUACAAACAGAACGUUUGUUCAAUGAAAAUGCUGGAAACUUGCAAGAACUAGCUAACAAGUUAGGCCUACCAUAUGAUGUCAAGACAGUGUGGAUAUUUGCCAAUGGACGAAGUGAUUACUUUGAAGAGAAACCACAUUUGAGCAGAUCUGGUUGGCAUGUAUCUUAUUCGGCUGGUGUUUGUGAUGCUGUCUCAUUUUUCAAUCAAAACUUUGUAAUUCCUAAAGGAAGAGCAGUGAUAUUAGUUCUCCUAUUUUCAAAUGACUAUGAUGGAUUGAUUGAUACAUUUAAUGAAAUAACAAGACAUUUUGGUUGGGGACCUCUUGUAGUCAUUGCAGAACAUCAACGAAUUUUUUAUGAUUUUGCUGAAAUAAUACAACAAGAAUCUAAAGGAGAUAAGGAACAGCUGGAAAAAGUAUCAAUCAUAGGGAUGCCAUGGGAGCACAUAAACAGUACAAUAACAUCAUUGACGGGAUAUGAUGAAAAGAUGAAUUGUAUGUUACCAUGUUCAUCAGGGGCACUUGUGCAUGUUAAUGAAAAAAUUAUAGAUAGUUUAGAUAACUUAAGUAUAUUGAGUGCCAAUCAGUGUGAGAACAAAAAAUUCAAAAACAUUAAAGAUCGGAAACAAUUUGCUCGAGAACAAGAAUUACAAUUUUACAAAGGCAAACAUGUGACAUGGUGGAAUUUCUAUUUUGAAAACCAUGUCUGUGAAAGACAUACAUUCCAUCAUUUACAAGAAAGAGCUCAAGAUCUGCUACUUCAUGCAAAAGAAGAAACACGAAAAAUAGUCACAUUUACUAUUGCACAUGAACCAGGAGCAGGGGCAACAACCCUCGGACAUAAACUUUUGUGGCAUUUCCGACGCAAGUACAGAUGCUGUGUGAUUCAAAAAAUAUCAGAAACGACCAUUUCGCAUAUAUAUUCACUAUGGCAGUACAUGGAAAAUAACACAGAUGAAUCACUACCACAGCCUGUUGUCCUCUUAUUGGAUGACAUUCAAACUGAACUUUCAUUAACUGAUUUUACAAUACUUCUUAACAUAGAAUUUAGAAAGCGCGGUUUGAAUAAAGGCAUGGGUUGUCUUCUGAUGAUAUGUCAGAGGGAGGAAAAAUUAACUGAUUAUGAUUAUGAAAGUCAGAAUGUAUUCUUUCUUAGACAGGAACUUAGCCAUAAGGAAAAGACAUGGUUUGCAGAGAAAUUUGAUGAGUUAGAGCAAACUGGAAGAGAACUAGAUGACUAUAAUCCCAAACAUUUAAUAUCAAUCAUGAUAAUGCGAUCCGAGUUUAAUCCUGAGUACAUCAAAAACACUAUAACAAGACGAGGUGUGAAAGUGUUUGUUCCGCUGGAAUGUUGUGAUGAGUUAAUGGGAAGUAAGGUGUGUUUCUGGGAAGAUCGUUUGUCAAGCCCUCUGAGAAUUUUAUUAAUCAUAGAAGAAAAAGAGCAAUCUAGUGGACGACAAGUUCGAAUAGCACACCCAAGCCUUGGCAAAAUACUUAUAAUAGAAAUCAUGAAACGUGAAAAAGCACAACUAGCCGACAUUGCCAAGGAAUGUCUCAAUUGUUCUUUACUUCAAAGUACAUCAUAUGGAAGAAAUUUUCUGGUAGAUUUUACUUUGGAAAUGCUAAAGCGGAGGAAGAAGGAAGAGUAUGAUGAUGAGAAAACCACACAAUUUAGUCCUUUAAUUCUGGAGAUAAUCAGUGAAUCUGAAGAUAAUUUUGGAAAACCUGCUGAAAUAUUACAGUUGGGUUUCAACAAAUUCAAAGAUUAUAUGUUAGCACAAGCUUUAGUUCGGUUAUAUUCAAAAUGGAAACGAUAUGAUGAGGCUAUACGAUGGGCCAAAGAAGCUGUUGAUUUAUCUUCAAUACACUCUUUAUCAUAUAUCCUUCAUACUUAUGGCCUUGUUCUGCGAGAGAAAUUUAGACAUUUGACAAAUUCAAACAUUUUUCAGCCAAAAGAUGCAAUUGAAAAUUUAGAGCUUAUUUUAGAGUCUUUGGAAGUAUUUCUUCAUGCCCAAAGAAAACGGGAUGAUGAGACCGACACGCAAAAAUUACUCUACCCAUUCCAUGAUGCUAUUUACACCAUAAACGAAAUAACAAAGUUUUUGGUGGAAAACAUCAAACGUUCCAUGGAUGAAAGUGAUAUCGUACAGUAUCUCAAAGACAAGGAUUUCAUUCCAGAGGAAAUAUCAAACGUAUGGAGAAAGUUUCAUCAAAGAUUGAAAGAAAUGAAAGAACAAGGUCAUAAUGCUUUUAAAGUCUUAGAAGAUAACAUUUGUUUUAAUACCACAUUUUAUGCACCAGAAGAAGCAUUUCGGUACAAUUCAAAUAAAUUGAAGGAACACAGAUUCUAUCGAAGUUUCCACUAUGGACAUGAGCGGAUGUUGGAAAAUUUCACUAAAAUAUAUGGGGAACACGAAAUUGAUUAUCAGUUAGAAAGUGCAGAUCAAAGAAGCCGGGAUGAAUUUCACAGAGGAAGGUUAUGGACACUAAAAGGAAAUUCAUACAUGAACAUUUUUAAUCAUAUAAAGAAUUGUGGGAACAAACAUCUAGCAAGGCAAAUUACAGACAAGUUAAUAACAAUCAAAAAACAUAUCAUGGCUAUUGAAGCUAAAGAUUCAAAUGAUCUUGCAAACGAAAUUUGUGUUAAUGUUGUUUUGGGAAUAAUGGGUGGUCAACAUCGUGAUUCCGAAAGUGAUAUACUUAAAACCUGUCAGAAGAUAAUCUCUGCAAGCAAUGAGAAGGUAGAUUUAGCAUAUUUUUUCAUUAGUAUGCUUUUGUGGCCUAGUGGUGAAAGAAAAGUAUUUUAUGAUGAUUCGCUGUUACAAAGAUCACUUUCAUAUUUAAAAAGAAAUUUCAAGCAACAGAAGUACAAGUCAAAUGUACAAAAAAGUUCUCAUGUAAAGGAGGAACGUAAUAUCUCUCAGCCAACACCGCAGUUUUUUCUUGCAAAGGGUAAAGGAAUAAAAUCUUUGUGUCAUCGGUGGGAAAUUUUUGUACGGGAGAAUCCUGACUCUCAGUUUGAUAAUUCUUUAUGGGACCAUAUUAAAACGAAAGAAAAACUCCGGCGUUUAUGCGGAACAACCACAACUAGCAGUGAUGGUUCAAGUACAUACAUUGUGUUUAAAAAUAAGCAUGGUGAGCCAAUUAGAAUAAGCAAAAUAAGGGGAACAAACAAAGGAUAUGAAUCAGAAGAGGAAGUGUCAUUUUAUUUAGGAUUUAGUAUUGCAGGACCUAUUGCAUAUAAUGUAAAGUUAAUGCGAUAUGAACAACAGUCACAUGGAGCAUUUAGCCAACGAGAACUAUUAUUGACCACUAAUUCAAAAGUAGAAGAAUUUAUGAAAAGCAGCAAAGAAGACCUACAAAAUAUGCUUUUAAAGAUACGAGGGUUGGAGGGGAAAAGACCAGAUUACUUGAAAGAGCGAGAGAAACAGCUUAUAAAAGAUAAAGAUGGCAUCAAAGAAGCAUUAGAUCGACUGGAGAUGAUGAGUGGAGAAAUGGAUCUUUCUCUAAUAGAUUGAUACAUGUACACCGCUUCACUAAGGAUGAUAUAAAUAUGGACCAAAAGGCUACCUGCUCGGAUAUAGCUGUACAAUUAUUUUGUGAUUAUCUAUCAUCAAAACUAUGUGUUUAUCUGUCAUAUUUGUAGAAUGUCCUCAGUGUCAGCAUAGUGAUUUUCUGUAAAUGAUCAUUAUUCAUGUACUAUUAUUUAGGUCACCUGAGUCAAGUGAGCUGACCUAUCGAACUGGUCUGUGUCCGUCGUCGUCUGUCAUGUUAACAAAUAACAAUUAAACUUUUUAAACUUCUUGA